AUAGAAACGAAAUAACUAUAGUAUAGUUUAUAGAGAGAAUAAUAUUAAAUAAUGACAAAAGAACAUCGUACAAGUUACCUUAGUUGUUCCCACUCUCAUCUCUGCAUACUUUCAGUGUCUCUCUCUUUCUCUUUUCUGCUCCACUUCUGCAUACAAAAACACCCCCUUUCUCUUGAGUCUUGUCCUUUCAAAUGUUGGCAUCAUCAACAUGACAUCUACAGAGUCUAGAUCACUUUCUUCAUCCUCCUCUUCUUCUCCAUCUCCAUCUCCAUUUUCUCCUUGUUUCUCUCUCCACCAACCAAACAAAACCAUGGAAGAAGUCUGGAAAGAUAUCACCAUGAAUUCUCUCCCAAACACCCCAAUUCCUCAUAUUCAUACAAUUCAUCACCCAACUCCUACUUCCCACUUCAAAGGUAUGAUUCUUCAAGAUUUUCUCAACGCAAGUGGAGCAGGAGAUUCGAGAAUUAAUUCUAUUAGAUCAUCAUCUUCUUCUUCUUCUCCGCUUUAUUCUCCUCCUCCUCCUCCUCCUCCUCCUCCUACUGAAUUUCAAUUCUUUGACAGUGAACGCUUUCAGAUUCAAAGGAAUUCCCCUGUUUCUAAUUUUAUUGCUUUCGAUAAUUCUCUUGCUGCUUCAUUUGGCGUUGCCGCUGACGAUGUUGUCACGGGUAUUAAUAAGAAAAGGUUCUGUCAAGGGGAUGAAGAUGCUUCCGGUGAUCGUAGGUUUAAGCGUAUGAUUAAGAACAGAGAAUCUGCUGCUCGUUCUAGGGCUCGAAAGCAGGCGUAUAUAUCAGAGCUGGAGUUGGAAGUUGUCCAAUUAACGAAAGAAAACGCCAUGCUGAGGAAACAACAGAGACAGGUGUCCGAAUGCGAAGUAGUUGUGGAAUGUAAUGCAAGAAUACUGCACUUUAAAGAGCAGUACGGCUGAUCUUCUGAAGAUGUUUAAGUGCUCUGUACAACUGAACUGUGAUGAAGUUAAAGUAUGAUGCUGUGCUAUUUUCUUUUUUGGAAAAUUUUGGUAAAAAAAAAUACUAAAACAAUAUCCUUGUUUUUGCAUGAAAUUAGGACAUUUAAUAUUUAAGGUACUAUGUUUUGCAUUUUCAGUUUUUAAAUGACAGGUACUAAGUUUUUAUUUAAACUCAGGUGAGUUUAUGGAUGGUUAAAUAGUCGGAAAACUAAUCAGAGGUCCCAAUUAGUGAAAAAAUAACUUAGAGUCCCCAAUUGGUGAAAAACACCAAAACUUAGGACCUAAGUUUAUGCUUAACUCGUUACAAACGCCUCCAUCUAUCUCUCACAUGACAUGGGUUUUAGAGAGAGAGAGAGAAAGAUGAACUUUAAUGGCGGAACCCAGAUUGAAUUCAAAAUCCCAUCGAAACCCAGUUGCAGAUGAAUGGAAAAAGCUGUAAUUCGAUGUGUUUUUCAUCUCUCUCAUCCUCCAUUUCAACGUUAUUACUCUUCUUCUUUCUCAAAUAGUUUCUCUCUCUCAUAAAAUUUUAACCUAUCUUCAUUCUCGAUGUUUUGAAAAGACCCAACUCAAACAAAUUCAUGCCAAGUUAUUAAUGUUUGGAAGUAAGUUACUUAGACGUUCAUCCCAAGUUGAUGAUUUGUGUUAUAAUUUGAGUGUUUUUCACAGCAUUGAUUUUCCAGAUUUAGUUUGUUUUAACACUGUGAUUAAGGCCUUAAUCUGCUAGUUUGGUGCCACUGAAAGGUGUCAGCUUUUAUUUAGAUGCUGAAAUCUGGGAGUAUUCCCAAUUCUUAUACUUUUCCUCCAUUGUUUGGUUGUUGUGCUAAACUGGGUAGUUCUAGGAUAGGUGAGAUGUGUCAUGGUCAUGUAAAAUUCGGAAUUCUUUGGUUCAUAUAUACUUCCUCCAUUUCUUUUUACUCGCUACACUUUCCAUUACGGGAAGUUUUACAUUACUUGCUACACUUCUUUUUUGGACAAUAAACUCUCUCUAUCUCUCUCCCCCCACAUGGGUCCCUUUUCUUUUUACUCUCUACCUCUCUCUUCUCCAAAAAUUGCCUAGGAAUCCGUGAAAUGAGAAGUGUAGCGAGUAAAAAGAAACGGAGGAAGUAUAUGCUUGUUGUGGGGUGAUUGAGGUUGCCUCAUUGAUAU